AUGACCACUGUCUGGCAGCGCUGGACGCGUCUCCGUGCUGUGGCCCAGGACCAGGAGAAGAUACUGGAGGAUGCAGUGGAUGAGUGGAAGGGUUUGAGCGCUAAGAUCAAAGAAAACACUGAAAUAAUCAAUCAACUCCAAGGUAGAUUACCUGGAACGUCCACAGAGAAGACCUCAAAGGCAGAGCUCAUAGCCCUCCUUGAAAGUCACGACACAUUUGCGAUGGACCUGGAGCGGCAGCAGCUGGCCCUGGGUGUGCUACAGCAGCGAGCGCUAAGCAUGCUGCAAGAUGGAGCUCUCCCUGGCCCCAAGGAAGAGGUGCCCACCCUGCAGGAAAUCACUGCGCUGCAAGAUCAGUGUCUCGAGCAUCUAGAAUUUUCUUAUCUUGCUUUCCUUCCUCAGAGCCUCCUAGCAGAAGCUGCCAGCCAUCGAGAGAGCAUUGAGAAAAUCGCAGAAGAGCAAAAGAAUAAGUAUCUGGGUCUCUACACUAUCUUACCAUCUGAAAUCUCCCUCCAGCUGGCUGAAGUUGCAUUGGACCUAAAGAUCCAUGAUCAGAUCCAAGAGAAGGUACAAGAAAUUGAGCAGGGCAAGGCCAUGAGCCAGGAAUUCAGCCACCAGAUCCAGAAGGUAGCCAAAGAUCUCACAACCAUUCUAACAAAGCUGAAAGCCAAAACCGACGAUCUAGUUCAAGCUAAGGCUGACCAGAAGAUGCUGGGGGAAGAAUUAGACAGCUGCAAUUCCAAGUUAAUGGAACUAGACGCUGCUAUACAGACAUUCUCUGAACAGCAUGGUCAGCUGGGCAAGCCAUUGGCCAAGAAGAUAGGAAAGUUGACUGAACUCUACCAGCAAACCAUCAGGCAGGCUGAGAACCGGCUGUCCAAACUCAACCAGGCAUCAUCCCACUUGGAAGAGUACAGUGAGAUGCUCGAGUCCAUUCAGAAGUGGGUUGAGAAAGCUAAAGUCUUAGUCCAUGGAAACAUAGCUUGGAAUUCGGCAAGCCAGCUCCGAGAACAGUACAUCUUGCACCAGACGCUGCUAGAAGAAUCUGAAGAAAUUGACAGUGACCUGGAAACAAUGGCUGAAAAAGUGCAAUACCUUGCCAAUGUGUACUGCACAGGAAAGCUGUCACAGCAAGUGACACAGUUAGGACGGGAGACGGAUGAGUUACGGCAGGCAAUCAGAGUUCGUUUGCAGAGCCUCCAAGACGCAGCCAAGGUAAAACAAAACAAACAAACAAACAAACAAACAAAAAACAUGGCAUGCUGUCCCAGAGAGACAGUGUUCACCCAUGACAGUUUCUUGAAUAUGAUGUAG